UCGAAGUCCACCUGUGGACCUUAAACAACCGUCAGUUCAUGGGAGAGCUGGGCCUGACCACCUCCUGUCCUCUCUGUGGUUGUCCUGCGGUGUCUCUCUAGUUUCCUGAUCUCUGCAAUCAUGUAGAUCAAGCUGAACUGACUGAGGAGCUCAUUCCCCAUCAGCCACCAUGGACAAACCUGGUUAUAAUACACAUCUGGCUCAGUCUGUUAUCCACCACCCUGGUAACUACCCAGAGGAUCUGUUAGCUUUGGAGGGAUCAUCAACAUCUCAGGAGCAAAAGGCAGAAGUGGACAGCAGGCCAGAGCUGGAGGAGAGCUGCCCUGUUUGUGGAGACAAAGUGUCAGGAUACCACUAUGGACUGCUUACCUGUGAGAGUUGCAAGGGCUUCUUUAAACGCUCAGUGCAGAAUAACAAGCAUUACACCUGUGCAGAACAACAAAGCUGCCCCAUGAACCUUUCACAGAGGAAACGUUGUCCUUUCUGUCGCUUCCAGAAGUGUUUGGCUGUAGGCAUGAAGCGAGAAGCUGUAAGAGCAGACCGUAUGCGAGGGGGCAGGAAUAAAUUUGGCCCUCUCUACCGGUGGGACAGACAGAUGAAGCAACAAAAGGCAAACACUGCUCCUCACAGAGUUAAGAUGGAAACUACACAAACACACUGUCCCCAGUCUCCGAACGACCCUCACCUCAUAAGCAGCCUCACCAAUGAUCCAUCAUCUCCUGAUGCUUUUCAUAUGUCCCACAUGUACCCUUCUGGGAUGGGGCAGUCAGAUGAACCUUUGCCUCUGGACUGCUCAAUGAACAACCACAGAGUACUACCGCCCCCAUCCCUACCUUAUCCUGGACUUUACUGCACUUUUUCUGGAUAUCCCCAGGAGAAUAGAGAAACAUCUUUUAGCUGCAGCGCAGCUCCCACAACCUAUACAGAGCAUUCAACCCCCAGCAAUUUGUUCACAUCAAGAAGCACACCAGCAUCAUCCCCCUGCUCUCCACCAACGUCAGCCACUGCUCCCCUCCAUGCUCCCACCCAGAACCCAACCACCCUUCCAUCAACCACUCAUACACCAAACCUCCUAAACCAGCUACUAGAGGGUGAGAUAGAAGAGAGCCAGCUGUGUGCCAAAGUCCUGGCCAGUCUGCAGAGAGAGCAGGCCAAUCGAGGGAAACAUGACCGUCUAAAUACAUUCAGUAUCAUGUGCAAAAUGGCUGACCAGACUCUAUUUGGGCUUGUGGAAUGGGCUAGAAACAGCAGUCUCUUUAAAGAACUCAAGGUGGAGGACCAGAUGGUGCUGCUGCAGAGCUGUUGGAGUGAGCUGCUAGUCCUGGAUCACCUCUGUAGACAAGUCAUGUAUGGCCAAGAGGGCUGCAUAUAUCUGGUCACAGGUCAACAGAUUGAGGUGUCAACCAUUAUUUCCCAAGCUGGAGCAACACUAUGUAGCUUGGUAUCAAGGACCCAGGACCUCGUGUCUAAACUUAAGGCACUCCAGUUAGACAAGCAUGAGUUUGUCUGUCUUAAGUACCUUGUACUUUUCAACCCUGAUGUAAAAUCGGUGCAGAGCCGCAGGCAAGUGGAGCAGACUCAAGAGAGGGUCAACCGGGUCCUCAUGGAGCACACCCAGCAAAGUCAUCCAGGACAGUCAGACAAGUUCGGCCAGCUGCUUCUCCGGCUGCCGGAGGUACGAAGCAUUAGUUUGCAGGUUGAGGGCUAUUUGUACCAGCGCCACCUUCUUGGGGAUUUACCGUGCAACUCUCUUCUUUCUGAAAUGCUUCAUGCCAAGCAUAAUUAAGAGGAUUUUACAUAUUGAGACUGGAAUUGACUGAGCUGAAGAUUUUACUCCUAUUUUGGAUACUAAGACCCUUUUACUGUCAGUAAGGGGAAAAGCAAUGAACUCAGAAAUCUGUGUAUAUGCAUGUUUGACAGAGUUUGUAUCAACAGUAUUACCGUAUCUAAAAAUGGCUCAAUUAUUCUUCCAACAGUAAUAAUGAAUGAACAUUUAACAUGUUAAUAAACUGUUCAACAAAACAAAUUCAUUUCAAUAAGUGAUUUGGGUUAGCAUGUACAUGUCUAUAUAUAACUCAGCAGUCAGGUGCCUUUUUUAUUUUUUUUUAAUCUGUGCAUUCUCACUUUGCAAAUAAUUCAUCUGCAGAUAUUAAACCCACAAACACUGCAGCAAUUUUAAAAAUUCUAAUGACAGAAAUUAUGCAUAUGAUAAAAA